AUGGCUUCUAGCACAAAUACUGUUUGGGUCGUGACGGGCGGCAACAGAGGCAUUGGCCUUGGUUUCGUCAAAGCCCUCCUUGCUCGUCCCUCCGUCACCGUCAUCGCUACUGUUCGUAACGAUGAGGCUCGCUCAGCCCUUGAAGACGCUACCGCCGAUCUCGUUAGGGGUGACGGUGAGGUCUUGCAUAUUGUCCAGUUGGACUUCACCACCGCGCCCUCCCUUGACCAGAUCCGCAACGCGUUCGACAUUGAUCACGUCGAUGUUCUUAUCAACAAUGCUGCCGCCAGCUUCAAAUCUUAUCCUGUACUAGACAUCCCGGCCGAUGACCUUCGCUCUGCGUUAGAGAUUAAUACAAUCGGGCCCCUGACUCUUGUCCAGGGAAUUUGGCCCUUGUUGCAAAAGUCAUCCGCUCCCAAGGUGGUCAAUGUUUCGUCAUCUGUUGGCUGUAUCACCUACCAUGAAGUUGUCGCUGGUGCAUAUGGGCCCAGCAAGGCAGCACUGAACUGGCUUACUCGUGCCCUCCAUCUUCAAAACCAAGGGCUGGUUGCUUUUGCACUCCACCCUGGGUUUGUUAACACGGAGAUGGGUAAGUAUGCUGCUACAGAGUGGGAAUUUCCUCUUGCUAUGCUCGAGAGUGUCGAGGAAGCUGUGCAGGGAAGUCUUGGAAUCAUUGAAAGUGCUACGCGAGAGACUGUAUCUGGCAAGUUUGUUAGUUACAAGGGGCAGGAGCUUCCUUGGUAAGCCAGCUCCCUUAAAUGGAGAUAGUAAAGAAGUUGUUUAUACGCUGUGGGUAAAGUCUGUAGGUAGUCGAUCUGGCUGCGCC